AGAGCAAAUAUCUGGUUAGCAGCUGCCACGAAGCAGAAUGUAAACGCCGCCAUGGUUUUCGAAUUUCUGCUGAAAGUGAUCGAUGUGAUGCAGUCCUACUUUGGCAAAAUAUCCGAGGAUAACAUCAAGAAUAACUUCGUCCUCAUCUAUGAGCUUCUUGACGAAAUCUUGGACUUUGGCUACCCGCAGAACUCUGACACCGGAGUGCUGAAGACUUUCAUCACACAGCAGGGUGUCAAAUCACAGAGCAAAGAGGAACAGGCCGAUAGUCCUAGUCAAUAUCCCCUCCCGUCGCCGAUUACUAGCGGUUCGAAAAACAUGCGGUUCCUCUGCACCACACUAGAAUAUGGCCUCUAA